AUGAGCGCCAGUCGCGUGCGGUCCAGAUCCUCUCCCGCGAUCCUCUCAACACCUGUCGGAAUUAGCGAGUCGGCGCGGUGUCUGUCGUACGUGACUCACGCGGCGAUCGUGCACAAGAUUGCGCUGUUUGCGUGCACGCCCACAAAGCUCGCUUUUCGAGCAACAUGCCGCUCCCUCCGUCUUCUCCUCGACCCCGAGAUCUUCGAACACGCCAUCCUCUCCGCUGACGAGAGGUUACGUUCUCCAGACACAACAAGGGGAUACCUCCCUGCCCCGCCGCUCACACUGGAUGACGGCGCAUGGCCACUCCGCCUGCAACAUGUGCGCAUUCUGGACCUGGGCGCCCCAACUGGACCGGGGUUUGCGCGGGCCAAGGUCGAGAUGUCGGGCCUCGAGAUGAUCCGCGGUGCAAAGUUCUUCUUCAACGGGUCCUAUUCUCUCUCCGACCGCAGCGUCGGUACCAUGGUCGACACGGUCAACUUGUGCGGACCUCCACCAGGCGCUAUAUUUGCAGGCAGGGCGAACAAACACGUCUUCAAUGUCGUGUUUGACCCGACCGCAGAAUAUGUAUCCCACGCGUACCUCUAUUUUCCGUCCGGCACGGCACGACACCUCGUCUUCAUCUUCACGCCCGACUGCUCCUCCGCAGGUCGGGUGGUGCGUGCUCACAACGUCCUAUGUUCUGUGGUCGGGCGUAUCCUCUGGCCCCUUUGGGGCUGUAGAGACCCCGAGAGCGUGACUUUUGUCGGUCUCGCCGAACUCGACCGCCGCUCCCUGGGUCUCCCCCUCUCUUCCUCUUCAUUGGACGUAGAAUUGGCCGUACGUGUCGCUCUGGGCAUCGUCGCGUUUCAACAACCGAUAACGCACGAGGCGGAUGUCUCAAACUUCCUCGCAGCAGUAAAGUUCCUCUCGCGCGCAGAGUACCGUGCCGCCGUGGGGGAAUGCGCCUACGCUCUUGAGACGGGCGUCGAGUCCAGCGCAAAGGCACCACUCGAUCACAUGUGUUACCCGCACAUACUUGAUCGCGUCGUCACCUUGGCGCCGUGGGAGAGCACCCUGCGUCUCCGGGGAGUCUCGCGCCGCCUCAAAGGGAGGGCAGACGCUGCGCUCUUUCGCCACAUCGUCGUUCUCCCCGGCUCUCUCCCUCACCUCUUCUACGUGCGCGGUGCUGGCGGACGCCUACCAGCCCUCUCAUGCUGGGACGCGUUGCAUGACCGCCUGGUCGAUGACUCCAUCCGCCCUCUCUUCGCACAUACACGCGUCCUCGACAUCCCCUUCGAGCUCGACCACAGCAUAGCCGCACUGGUGUCCAAACUGCUCCCGAACCUCGAGGUUGUGCGCAAUGUCACCAAACAGCAAACGCAGCUCAUGAGCACCGUGACCGAGGUGCGUUAUCGGCCGCUCGGGUUCUUUGAGCAGCAGAAUGUCCUGCGAUUUGUCCCCAACGCACGGGGCAGCAACGCGCGCUUGGUCGUCAACCACCUCUACGACGCGGCAUGCCCGACCGCGUCGGAGCUGCCGCUGCUGUCGUCGGCGCGCGGACAACCUGGCCAAGUUGUCUUCGUCUUCUCGCCCUUCCAGUUCCCUACCUUGGGCAAGGCGCGACCAGUCGACCAGUUCCUGGACGACGUGCUGGCGUAUAUUGUCAGCGCGGUGUGUCGGCGUAGAAUGGGCCGCGAGGCUGCGAGGUUAACGCUCGUGGGCGUCAGCGAGAUGGUGGCGGCGGCGAGUGUGAGCAGCGGGAGCGCAGAAAACACAGAGAGCGCAAAUCCAUCUGGGGCAGAGUCCACUCGCAGCCCCCUCCUCGACCCCGACGCCUACGCCGACGGCCGCCUCGCCUCCACACUCCUCCAGCGCGCUUUCGACGAGCGCGGCCCCGAGUGGCGCGUCCCCUCCGUCGGCGAUCCAGCGGAAAACCUUUGCUUCGUCUCGCGCGCCGAAUACGUUACCAACGACACGACGUUCUGGGAGACCCAAGUACCCCCACUCGCGGCGUUAUAUGCCGUAGGGUGGAAAUAG